AUGCCCUCCAGGGCCGAGAUCACAUACUUCGGCGCGGGCCCGGCUUUAUUGCCCACUCCCGUGCUUGAAACCGCCUCCCAAGCUCUCCUGAAUUACAAAGAUACAGGACUUGGCAUUGCUGAGCAUUCUCAUCGCUCUCAAUAUGCUGCCGACAUCAUUAAUCAAGCAAAGGCUGACUUGGCUACCUACCUCGAUAUUCCGGACGACUAUGAAGUUCUCUUCAUGCAAGGCGGCGGAAGUGGCGAAUUUUCCGCUACUAUGUACAACCUUGUUGGCGCUUGGGUAACUAGGAAAAAGGCCGAAAUUCUGAAGCAAUUGGGUGCUCAAAGCGAGGAAGAGGCGAACCAAGAAGAACUCGUAGCAGUACUCAAGAAAGCCAUCGAUUCUGACUUGAAGCUGGACUACCUAGUGACAGGCGGCUGGUCGUUGAAGGCUUAUCAAGAAGCCGGCCGUCUUCUCGGCCCGGAGUACACUAACCUGGCUACCGAUUCCCGGACCGUGAAUCAGGGCAAAUUCGGCAAGAUUCCAGAUGAGAGCACGUGGAAUUUGUCCAAGAAUGCCGCCAUGGUAUACUACUGUGACAACGAAACUGUAGACGGAGUUGAGUAUCCCAAAUUUCCCGAUGCUCUUGGUCCCGAUUCGAAUGGCGUGCGUCCUAUUGUCGUCGCGGACAUGUCGUCAAACAUUUUAUCCAGAAGAAUUCCUGUCGAAAACUUCUCGCUUAUCUUCUUCGGUGCACAGAAGAAUCUCGGCUCGACCGGAGUAACCGUAGUAAUCAUUAAGAAGAGCCUAUUGCCACCGGCAUGCCCGCAACCUUCUCCGGCAUUAAUGAGAAAACUCGGGCUCCCCAUUCCUCCGGUUAUAUUCUCAUACGAGACCAUCGCCAAAAAUAACAGUCUGUACAACACACUUAGCAUCUUUGACGUCUAUAUAGCCGGUCAAGUGCUCAAGAAGUUGCUUGCGACCUUCCCAGAUAAGGUCGACGGCCAAGAAGCCGUCGCCAACCAGAAAGCGGAAAUCAUCUACAAGGCGCUCGAAUCGUACCCGAGCAUCUACAGAAUUGUUCCCGAUAAGUCGGUCCGCUCCAGGAUGAACAUUUGUUUCCGCGUGACAGCCGGAGGCGACACGGAGAGUACAGAGGCAAAGUUCCUCAAGGACGCAACUGCUCGUGGCCUCACCGGCCUGAAGGGUCAUCGAAGUGUUGGCGGCAUUCGUGCCAGCAACUAUAACUCGAUUCCACUCGCAGGGGCCCAGCAGCUCGCCGACUUCAUAGUCAAUUUUGCUCAGGCUCAGGCGUAA